AUGCUGCUUCCCCGCGGUGGCUCAGGCUCCAUAGCAGCGCGCCUCAUCGGCGGUGGCUGCCUCCUCGACGGCGCUGCCCUCUACUCCAUGGUUCGAUCAGGGGAUAAUGUGACAUGCAAGUUGGCGUCCAAUGCUCAGCUUCUUGACUUGCUAAGGGCAUCUAGACUAGUGAAAUUGUUCAUGGUAGUGGGCAGACGUGAGCUGAAUGUAAGAGAGAUGUCUGCUGCAGUGAACACAGGAAAGGAAGAAAUGCUUGCUGCAGUGAACACAGGAGAAGAGAUGAUUGCUACAGUGAACACAAUAAAGGAAGAGAUGCUUGGUGUAGUGAACACAGGAGAAGAGGAUAUGCCUGCUGCAGUUAACAUUGGAGAGGAGGUGAUGCCUACUGCAGUGGACAAUGAUUUGGAGACGCUGGACAAAGGAUUUGCAUGGGCAGAAGCACCUAAAUAUGGGGAAACAAUUGCAGGGCCACCAAUGGCUAUAGAGGAAGAGAAUGAGCACUUUAUGACUGCUGGGUGUGAUCCUGAUGGAGAUGAGCCAACUGGAACAAAUGAAGAGUGGAGUUUUGCGUGCAGCGGCGGCGUCGGCGUGGGAGGAGGAGGAGAGAUGGCGUCGGAGGCCAAGGACGUGGGCAUCCUCGCCAUGGACAUCUACUUCCCGCCCAACUGCGUGCUCCAGGAAGAGUUGGAAACACAUGAUGGCGUGAGCAAAGGAAAGUAUACCAUUGGGCUUGGGCAGGAAAGUAUGGCAUUUUGCACUGAAGUUGAGGAUGUUAUUUCAAUGAGCUUGACAGUGGUGAAGUCCCUCCUGAAAAAUUAUAACAUUGACCCAAAGUGCAUUGGACGUUUGGAAGUUGGCAGUGAAACAGUAAUAGACAAGAGCAAGUCUAUAAAGACAUGGCUGAUGCAAAUAUUUGAGGAAUCUGGCAAUACUGAUAUUGAAGGAGUUGACUCGUCAAAUGCAUGCUAUGGUGGAACAGCUGCAUUGUUUAAUUGUGUUAACUGGGUUGAGAGCAACUCAUGGGAUGGGCGUUAUGGACUUGUUGUUUGCACAGACAGUGCGGUUUACGCUGAAGGUCCAGCUCGUCCUACUGGUGGUGCGGCUGCUAUUGCACUGCUGAUUGGACCAAAUGCUCCUAUUUCUUUUGAGAGCAGAUAUAGGGGAUCUCAUAUGGCCCAUGUAUACGACUUUUACAAGCCCGAUCUCACAAGUGAAUAUCCGGUGGUUGAUGGGAAGCUAUCACAGACAUGCUACCUCAUGGCAUUGGACUCAUGCUACAAUGUAUUUUGCAAAAAGUACGAAAAGCAUGAGGGAAAGCAGUUUUCAACUUUCGAUGCAGAUUAUGUUGUGUUCCAUUCUCCAUACAACAAGCUUGUACAGAAAAGCUUCGCUCGUUUGUACUACAAUGAUUUCUUGAGAAACUGCAGCACGGUUGAUGAAGAGUCAAGGGAAAAAUUGGCACCCUAUGCAGGCUUGUCAUCUGAAGAAAGCUACCAGAGUCGCGACCUUGAAAAGGCAUCUCAGCAAGUUGCAAAGAACCUGUACGAGUCCAAGGUUCAGCCAACAACAUUGAUCCCAAAACAAGUUGGGAAUAUGUAUACAGCAUCACUCUAUGCCGCUCUUGCAUCGAUUAUUCAUAAUAGACAUGAAACUCUGGCAGGCCAGAGGAUUGUUAUGUUUUCAUAUGGCAGUGGGUUGACAUCAACAAUGUUCUCUUUCAAGAUUAAUGAAGGCCAGCAUCCUUUCAGUCUACUAAACAUUGCAAACAUAAUGGAUGUUUCCAAGAAAUUGAAGGCAAGACAUGUGGUUCCCCCAAAGAAAUUUGUCGAGGCACUGAAACUGAUGGAGCACCGCUAUGGGGCGAAAGAUUUCGUGACCAGUCAAGACACAAGUUUGCUAUCUGCAGGCACAUAUUAUCUCACGCACGUUGACUCCAUGUACCGAAGGUUCUACGACGUGAAAGGUGACGCUGUCACCACUGCAAUGUCCAACGGCCACUGA